AUGAGUAGAGCGCUAACUAGAGUUCAAUUGAAAGAAGUGGUUGGUAUAAUCACCAAAUUAUUCCCACCACAAUAUGCGGACAACGCAUGGGAUAACACCGGAUUACAUAUUGAUUGCUCUAAUGACGAAAGUAAGAAUGAGCAGUGCAAAGUGUUAUUAACCGUUGAUUUGACUAGUUCGGUCGCUGAAGAAGCCAUUAGGAAUAAUUGUAACUUGAUACUGUCAUAUCAUCCAUUUAUUUUCCCUAGUUGGAAAAAUAUCACGCCAUAUAGCAAUACACAACAUGGAAAUGCUAUAAAACUGAUUCAAAAAGGCAUUUCAGUCUAUUGUCCACACACCGCGGUUGACGCAGUCAAUGGCGGUGUUAAUGAUUGGUUAGUUAAUAGUAUUGUUGAUGAUAGAGAAGAAUUGAUUGGUAGUAAUGUUGCCAUUGAAAGAGUGUCCAAUGUUGAAGACAAUGAAACAAUUGGAUAUGGUAGAUUGGUGAAAUUAGAAAAGUCUUUGCCAUUAAAUGAAGUAAUUGUUAGUCUUAAAAAAAACCUGGGCAUUGAGCAUCUUCAAAUUGCAUCCUUAACCAGUGACUACAAAUCAAUUAAAAUAUCUAACGUUGCAUUAUGUGCAGGUAGCGGAUCGGGCGUAUUUAGAAGCCUCAAAAAUGUACAAGAAAUUGAUUUAUUUCUCACCGGUGAAUUAUCGCACCAUGAGAUAUUGAAAUUCAAGGAAAUGGGCAAAGUUGUAAUUGUAUGUAAUCAUACUAAUACUGAACGUGGAUAUGUUAGGAAAGGCAUGUUAAAAGCAUUAAAAACUGCCACUGAAUCGAUCGGUAAUAAGAACAUUCAGUACAUCGUAAGCGAAACAGACGAAGAUCCAUUAAAGACUAUUUAG